GAAGGAAUGUCCAUCUGCGAGACAUUCACAACUCUCAGCUUCAUUGAAAAGCUUCCUCCAAGCUAUGCGGAUUUCAAGAACUACUUGAAGCACAAGAAGAAGAAGAUGGGGCUCGAGGAGCUCAUCAUGAGGCUUCAGAUGGAAUCCAGAAACCGAAUUGCUGACAAGGUCACUGCUAAGGAGCACAAUGUCAACAUGGCUGAGCACAAAGGCAAAGGAAAGGCACACACCCAUUCUCCUGCCAAGCUUUCCAAAACUGUUGCAGCCCUGAAGGCUUCUGCAAAAAACUUCAAGAACAAAGGCAUUGAAAUCAAUGCGAAUGCGAAUGCGAAUGUGGAGAAGUUCAGGGGGAAAUGUCAUUACUGCCACAAAGUGGGGCACAAGACUGUUGAGUGUCGCAAAAAGAUCAAGGAUGAG